AUGGGCGUCCCGCCGGGAUCGCAAGCAGCUCCACUUCCGAGCAAUCUGCCCUUUCGACUCGUAUCCAAGACUAUUGGAUCCGGCGCAUAUGCAUCAAUCCGCAAGGCAGUACCCAAGGACAAGCCGAAACCCGUCAUUGCCGUGAAGUUCAUCAACAAAGACCAUGCCUUCAGAGUAGGUCGGCUGCGACCCAAGCAGAUCGAACUCGAGAUCAGUCUGCAUCGGCAGGUGUCUGGACAUGCCAACAUCAUCCGCUUCUUAUCGCAUGGCGACGACCAAUCGUGGAUCUGGAUAGCCAUGGAGCUGGCAGAAGGCGGCGACCUUUUUGACAAGAUCGAAGCCGACGAGGGCGUUGGAGAGGACAUUGCACACUUCUACUUUAAGCAGCUCAUCAACGCCAUCGCUUGGUGUCAUGGCAAGGGUGUUGCGCACAGAGACAUCAAGCCGGAGAACAUGCUGUUGACGGCGAAUGGAGACCUGAAGUUGGCCGACUUUGGCCUUGCCACGGCCUUUCUCAACCCCAAGACUGGAGACUCCAAGAUGUGCGGUCUUGUGUGUGGCAGUCCUCCAUACAUUGCGCCCGAGAUCAUCCAAGUUGGUCUCGCAAACCAAAAGAGGAAGCAUGGCGAGGAAAAGUUUGGCUACUGUCCCAAUAUCUCGGACAUCUGGAGCUGCGCCAUUGUGUUGUUCGUACUGCUGGUUGGUAACACGCCCUGGGACCAGCCUGAACCGCGAAAGAGUGAGGAGUUCUACCAUUUCUGCGAGACACAAGGCCGACCCGAGGACGACCUCUGGGAGAAGAUACCCUCCGACGCCCUCAGUCUGCUUCGAGGAAUGCUCAAGGUCGAUGUACUCGAGAGGUUCAAGCUCAACGACAUCCGCAUCCACUCUUGGUACACCCGACCGAACAAGUUCAUGAAUGCCAAAGGAACCGUCUCGGACUCGGUCAGUCUAGCCACAAACAUGAUCGAGCGUCUACACAUUGAUUUCACCACCGUGCCCAUCUCGUCACAAAGUCAAGAGCAGCCCGAGCAGGUCGAAUCACAGCCUGCUCCCGCUCUCAUGUCAACGCAACCCGUCACACCAGCCUUUGAUCAGCCCUUCGACUGGGAAGCUCCACCACGUCUAGCAGGUCUCACUGCUUCACAGCCCGUAACUGCUCACGAUACAUCUCGUGUUGCCAUGACCCACGACCUCAUUGCCGCUCAGAUUUCUCAAGAACCGCACAUGACCCAAUUCAGCCAAACCCACAACGUACCUCUAUCCCUCACACAAAAUGCUCGCCGCUUCCGCGAUAUCGUACCCGCACAAUCUCUCGCUCGCUUCUAUUCCUACCAAGCACUGCCUCAGUUGCUUGGCACCAUUCGCAGCGCUCUACACACACUUAAUGUACCCAUACCCGCUACCGCACCUGCAGACGACAAGGCCAAGCAAGCCUACAUUCGCAUCCGUAUACUCGACGGCCGCAAGCAAGGACUCAGCGGCAAUGUCGUCCUCGAGUCCAUUGCUGAAGAUGGGCUUGUUGAGGUCAGAUUCGUCAAAGCAAAGGGUGAUCCCCUGGAAUGGCGCAGAUUGUUCAAGCGGGUCGCUGUGCUCUGUCGCGAUGCGAUUCUCAUGCCUAGGGAGUGA